CCACUCUUCGCUGCUGCUGCUGCUGCUGCUGUCGAAUCCUCUCUAAUGGCGACAGCCACUGCCCAAGUGGUCGCCUCAAUCCAUCUCCCUCGCUCUCAGGCCUCCAAUGCAUCAACUUGCAACCAUUCUUUGAUGAUCUCAUGCUCCAAUGUCCAGAGGAUGAGCUCCUCUUCCAUUCCUCUCAACCUCGUUUCCAGGAGGAAUGCUUUGGCCUCAGUGUUCCAGAGUGCUAUCUACUUCCAACUUGGAUCUCAGUUCAACACCAGCUUAGCUGAGACAUCAAAUGCUUUCAGAGAGUAUAUCGAUGUGUUUGAUGGCUACUUAUUUUCAUAUCCGAAGAACUGGAUCCAAGUUCGCGGAGCAGGUGCUGAUAUUUUCUUCAGAGACCCUUUUGUUCUGGAUGAGAACCUGUCUGUGGAGUUGUCUUCUCCUUCAUCCUCUCGUUACAAAAGUGUUGAAGAUUUAGGACCUCCUCAAAUGGCUGCAGAGAAAGUUCUGAAACAAUAUCUGACUGAAUUCAUGUCUACUCGGCUCGGAGUAAGAAGAGAAUCCAAUGUCUUAUCUACUUCAUCAAGGGUUGCUGAUGAUGGAAAGCUCUAUUAUGAAGUUGAGGUAAAUAUCAAGUCGUAUGCGAAUAACAAUGAGUUGGCUGUGAUGCCACAAGAUAGAAUACCUCGUCUUGAAUGGAAUCGGCGCUACCUUUCGGUUCUUGGUGUUGAAAACAGCAGAUUGUAUGAGUUGAGGUUGCAGACACCCGAAAAUGUGUUCUUGGAAGAGGAAAAGGAUUUGAGACAAGUUAUGAAUUCUUUCAGAGUUAUCAAAGCUGUGAGUUGAACUUUCUGUCUACCAAAUUUCAUCUCUUGUGAAUUGUAGCUAUUUUAUUUUAUUUUUUGUUAAAUUUUUUAAAUGUGGUCUGAAUUAUCGGAGAACUUUAUUGUAAAACUUUUGGUUGAUGAACACUCUUUGUAUUUCAUGAGCUUUGAGAUGGA